AUGUCUAACACACCGAUUUAUGAAAGUUUUCACCCGGAUGAAAAGUAUACAACUCGAAUUAAGAAUAUUUUGACCGAAUACCCGGAUGGAUCUCAAAUCCUUAGAGAAAUUUUACAAAAUUCUGAUGAUGCAAAAAGUUCUGUUCAAAUUUUCAUCUUGAAUCAUAAAACCUAUUCUUCUGAAAAGUUGUGUGAUCCAAAGCUUGAAAGAUAUCAAGGCCCUGCACUUUUAUCUGCAAAUGAUUCUAUUUUUCAACCAGAAGACUUUAAAUCUUUGGUUAGCUUGGCGAACAGCAUGAAAAUAGACAAAUAUGAUAAAAUAGGAGUCAUGGGUAUCGGGUUCAAUUCGAUUUUCCAUAUCUCAGACGUGAGCUCAAUAAUUUCCGGAUCUUCUUAUGUCUUUAUUGACCCUCAUGAACGUAAAUAUUGUGACGUGCCAACUGGUCAGAGAGGCUUCAAAGUUGACUUCUUAAAACACGACAUGUUUAAUCGCCAUCCUGAUCAAUUCGAGCCUUUUUUGAUUGAGUUCAUAAAAUCAAAAUUAAUUGACAAGAAUCCUCACCAAUUCGAUAAUGUUGAAGAUGGAUUUUAUAAUGGGACAAUAUUUCGAUAUCCACUUCGAACUUCUAGAGAUGCAGAUGAAUCAGAGAUUUCACAUGAGGAAUACAAAGCCGAACAAAUAAAAAAUUUGUUUGAUAUCUUUUUCAAUAUUGACAACAUUAGUUGUCUUUUAUUUUUGAAGCAUAUUGAAAAGAUUUUAUUUUUUGAACUUAAAGAAAAUGCCAAUACUCCAGAAUUAUUGUAUGAAAUUGGAAUUGAUAAUGUGAAAGAAGUAUUUCGUGAAAGGAAAUUACUAGCCGAAAAUAUAAUGUCAACGAUGUUAUCAACGACAAGUCAAGAUUCUUUUGAAUCAAUUUAUAAAAUGAAGUUUUUACAAAAGGCUAAGCGUAAAAAUAUUAAAAGUGAAUGGUUAAUUGUUAAUUAUAUUUCUGAUACAAACGAUGAAAAAUAUAUUAAAUUUAAGAAUCACAUUCGUGAUUGUAAAUUUAUACCGAUUGUUGGAUUAGCUGCAAGAGUUGACAAUAUAGCUAGAAAUAAGGGAAAGCUCUACUGCUUUUUACCCUUGCCUGAUAAUUAUGAUGACUUUUCUAUCUCUAUUAAUGGUUGCUUCGCAGUUAGUAAAAAUAGAAGACAUUUGGAAAUUUCAAUGGACGAAGAUCUGGCGCCAGGUGAUAUGUUACGCCUUAAAGGUGCAUGGAAUAGAUAUUUAUUUGAAAAGGCUAUUCCUGAAGCAUGGAAGAAACUUUUAACAGAAAUAAUCAAAAUAAGAAGUGUUUCAUACGAAAAAAUUUAUACAUUUUGGCCAUUACCAGUGGAUAAACCCUCUCGUGAAUUGGAUAAUAAAUCAUGUCUAUGGAAAAAUCUUUUACAAAAUGUUAUUAAUCGCCUCGAAACUGAUCUUGGAGUAUUUCGUGGUCCUUCAGGGUAUUUAUCAAUAAAUGAUGGAUACUUAAUCGAUAAGGACUUUCGUAAAUCAUCAGAUCUAUCAAGAAUCUUGGAAAAGUUGGGAUUUCCCAUUUUUGUAGAAAUUCCAGAACAAAUUGUUGUCAAAUUAAAAGAUUCUUUCAAAAAUUCUCUAAAGUGCAUUACACCAGAUAAAGUGUGCAAUUAUCUUAAGAAAUUAGACAAGAAAAAGCAAAUAAAUAUUGUUCGUCUUAAUAGGUCGGACAAGUUACUUCUAUUGGAAUAUAUUCUUGGAGUUAAUGAUGUCUCUAAUCUUCAUGGACUUCCAUUGCUCCCAGUCAAAAAUGGUACUUUUACAACUUUUGAGCCAAAAAGUUGUCCGAAAACUUUCUACAUAGUUGGCAAAGCUGAGCGCACACUUAUUGAUGAAAAACUUUUUGAAUCAAUUAUUGAUGAUGAAAUUGACGAUGGAAUUUCAUCAAAAUUAAAAUCUUAUUCAAAAAACGUAAAAGAUAUUAACAUACAAACUCUUUCAGAACAUCACUUUGUGGAAAUGCUUAAGAAAUCAUUGAAAGGAUAUUCUGAUGACACUCAAGAAAUUCCGAUUGGAACAAAUGAAAUUGAAUGGAUAUAUGACAUUUGGGAUCAUUUACAAAAAACUAACAGAAAUUUGUCACGUUUUGAGGAUCUUCACCUUUUACCAAUAAUUAAAAAUAAUGGUAUUCAUUUGAGAAAAUUAAAAGCAACUCCAAAAUGUUUAUGCAAUUUACCACGUUAUCAUAUGAUUGGAGAUAUGCAACAUGGGUAUUUGAUUGAACUAUUCAAAUUGCUGGGUUCUACUUUUAUAGAUAUUAAAUUUGAAAAACUAAAGGUUUCAACCUAUGAUAAACUUAAAAAUUAUUUAAUUGAGCUCGAUGAUGUUAAAGCUGUCAUAUUAUCCUUCGGAGAAAAUCACUUAUUUCCAUCUAACAUCACUAAACCUAUUCUCAGUGAUCAUGGAAGAAGAUUCUUAAUUAAAUAUUUUGGAAGUUAUUUACAACGUCAAAGUUUUUUUGAUAACAAUCUAAUAGAAGUAUUAAUGCAUUUUCCGAUUUUUAAUAAAGUAAAAGAUAAUCAAGCAAUUAGCAUCAAUUCAUUAUUCAAGACAGCAUAUUAUUUACUUCCUGAACAAGAUGAACGAUCAUAUGGAUAUAUUAUUUCGCCUGAUUGUACAUUUUUGAAAGCUUAUAUUUCUAGUAAUGCUGCUUUUAUUCUUGAAAAAAUACUCAAAGUUAAACGAUUAGAUCAAAAAACAUAUUGGAAAGACCAUGUCAUUCAACAUUUAAAGAAUCAAAGACCUGAUAUUAAAGAUCAAUUAAUUACGAAACUUUUUGAAAGAUGGGAGAUUAUAGCACCUUUUCGAAAUUAUCUUUCAGAAAUACCAUUUGUUUUAUCAUCAUCAUCAUUUAGAAAAAUGCCAAAGGAGAUCUUUGAUCCAGAUAAUUCCCAAAUAAAAGAUUUAUUCUUUGAGUACGAAUCAGUUUUUCCAACUGGAAAAUAUUUGGAUCGAGAAUAUCUUUAUAAAUUACGCCAACUUGGAAUGAAGAAUUCUAUGACAAUAGAAGAUGUGGUCAAUCGGUUAAAUGUUUAUGCAGGAAGUAACACUAAUGAUAGAUAUUCUAGAUCCCUUCAUCUGCUAAGAUAUAUUGACGAUAAUUUUAAUGAUUUUGAGAAUGAUGAAUCAUUCUGUAAGAAAAUCAAAAGUGAAUCGUGGAUUCCAAUUUUAAAACAGAAAAGCCAAAAAAUAUUCUUAAAAGCUUCGGAAUGUAAGGAUCAAUUACAUCAAAAUUUAGUUUCAUAUGUAAUACCAGUGGUCCAAUAUCAGAUCAAAAAUAAUGAUUUACGUCGAAUUUUUGGAUGGAAUGAUGAUCCACCGAUAAUGAAAAUAAUAGAACAAUUAUUAUACUUGACAGACUUAAUAAAUCAAGAGGGUCUUAAUAUUGAAAUAGGUGAUCAAAUUUAUAAGAUUUAUGAUUAUUUAAAUAAGGUUGUCAGCAGCUCGAAUAACAAUAUCGAUAUAGACCUUUUGAAAAGUAAAUUAUCGGGAAAAAAAUGGAUUUUUAAUGAUGACAAACUUUAUUCAAGCGAAGAAAUUGUAUUUUCUUCUAUAAUCCAAAGCAAUACGGUGACACUUUCCAAUCGAAAUAAAAACAAUUAUUCGAAACUUUUUGUUGUACUUGGAGUUGCGCAUGAACAGAAUUAUUUUGAAUUACUUAAAGAGUAUAAAUUUUCGAGUGACAAACAAAAGUACAUAAUUGAUAUGAUUGAACAUUUAUCUCAUACUGAAACGGAAGAUAGAUUAAAAGAAUUAUUGGUUCCAAACAUGAAUAAAGAAAUGGUCCCAUGUAAAACAUUAUUUUAUGACGAUAUGGAUACAAGGGUUAAGGAAUCAGAUAAAGAUUUUAAUGUCAUAGCACAUCCUGCAAUUUCAAGAGACGUAGCAAAGAAAUUAAAACUUAGAAAUUUUAGUGAAGAAUUUUUAAAAGGUAGAAUCGAUUUUGUUAAACAAAAUGAUAAUGUAACAGCAACCUUUUUAAAAACUAUUCUCGAAAAAUUUGAUCAAGAAGAAAUCGUUUUUCAAGAAUUUCUCAAGAACGCGGAUGAUGCAGAAGCAACCCAAUUUUGUAUCAUUCUUGAUGAAUCUCAAUAUUCAGAUAAACUUUUAUUAAGAGAAGAUAUGAAAUGCUGGCAAGGACCAGCAAUAUGGAUAUAUAAUGAUAGUGAAUUUUCGCAUAAAGAUCUUGAAUCACUUAAUAAUAUUGGUAGGAGUGAUAAAGGAGCUAACAAAAUCGGAAAAUCUGGCUUGGGAUUUGCAUCAUGUUAUCAUUUUACAGAUAUGCCACAGAUAUUAUCGGGUACAAAGAUAAUAUUUUUUGAUCCGCAAAGAAAAAUAUUUUCCAUCGAACAAUGUUAUGGCUCUAUAUUCGAUUUUGAGAAAUAUAAGAAUGAUGAAAACCAUAUAAUGAAAGCAUUUAAAGAUCAAUUUGAACCGUAUUUAAAACUUGAAGGGUGUGGAUUCAAGGUUGAUUUUAACAAAAAAUUUAAUGGAACCUUACUUAGAUUACCACUCAGGACAAUCAAAAGCCCGAUAUCUGAUAAGGUCUAUACUACAGAUAAUGUAUGGCAAAACGGUGCUGAUAUUAUUGAUCGUAUUGAGAAUUUAUUAGAUGUUAUAAAGAAAGAUGCAAUUUCUGAACUAAUUUUUUUACGUAAUGUGCAAUCCAUUAAAACAUUUAGAAAAAGAGACAAUGUAAUAAAGCCCUUAUGGGAAGUUGAAAUUAAGGAAUUCACUGGUAAUCGUAAAUCCCUUCGGAAAAAACCACAAAUACUUAAGUUUGAUGUUCAAUAUAUUCAAUAUAGUUCAACAAAUAUUUCAAAAACAACGAAAUGGCUUAUGUGUGCAGAAAAAAAGGAUAACAAACAUUUAUGGAAUGCGAUUGCAACGAUUAUUCCUGAAAAGCAAACUGAAGAAAUUUUUAAUGGGAAAUUUUAUUCAUAUCUUUCCCUUCUAAAUUCAUCAGAACUUCCUGUAAUUUUUCAUUCAAACGGUUGGGAACUUUCGUUAAAUAAAAGAAGCCUUGCACUAGAUAGUGAAAAGAAUACAAAUAUUUUAAAUAAUAUUUCCGAACUUCAUGUAAACCUUCUUGAAGAGCUUACGAAAAUAGAACAUCAAAAAAAUGAUAAUUAUCAAAUUAUCUCUCAACUCUGGCCGAUUCCAGAAAUCGAAAACGAUACAUUUAAAAUUAAGGAAUAUGGUAAAAAGGUAUUAGAACGUUUAUGUGAAAAAAAUUCCGAAAUAUUUUGGUCUCCGUGUGGUGAUGGCAAAUAUGUUAGCUUAAAAAAUAGUAUCUUUAUAAAUGAUGAAACUCCAGAAAACAUUGUAGAUUUUCUGAAUAGAAAUAAUUAUUCUACAGUCAAAAUUAAACCCGAUCACCUAAAUGAAUUCAAAGAAAAAAGUGGAUAUCAGCAAGUUAGUCCUCAAUUUGUUCGAGAUAUCUUGAAAAAUAAUGAAUCCAUAUUAGAUUCUUCUGAACGGUUUUCUUUGCUGAAGUACAUUCUUGAAGAUAAAAAUUAUGGAGAUCUUGAAAACAUCGCCUUAGUUCCAUUAUUUGGUAAUAAAUUUGGAAGUUUUGCAACUGAAAAAAAUUAUAUCAUUGCUACAUUGGAGCAACAAAAAUUAUUUCCUAAAGUUGGAUUAGAAUACUUUAUUCCUGUUGAUCUGUUAAAAACAUCCGAUUUAUAUGAAAUAUUUUCUAAAAAUGAAUUUCUCAAAGCUACAAACAUUCAAUUUUUCGGUGAACCAACAAUUAGACGUUUUUUGCAACAAGAGUUACACCCUAUAUCAGAAAGAGAUUGGAAUCCAUCAGCUUCAACAAUUCCGAAUCAAGAAUGGCUUAGUGAAAUAUGGUCGUAUAUUAUAAAUAAUUCAUUAUCGUCAUAUACAUCUUUUCCUUUGUUAGAAGUAUACGAUCCAAAUAAACAAGAUCAGCAUCAAUUAAUCAGUUUAGAAAAUGCAGCAAACAAACCUUUAUUAAUCUAUGCUCAUAGUUGCCAAGAAUACAUUAAAACAUUGACAAACAUUGGAAUACGAUUCACCAAACGUAGAUAUGAAAAGGCUCUUAAUAAAUAUGUUAAAAAUUUAGAGCCAGAUAAUGUAUUAUAUGUUAUUGAUAAAUAUCAAUGCAUUGAAAACCAACUUUUUACAAAGCAGGAAGAUAGAGAGAUUUUGUGUAACUAUUUUACUUUGAAUAUUAGCUUGCAAAAUUAUCCGAAGUACAAUAAUAAACGGGUAUUUAAGCGAUUACCUAUAUGGCCAACACAUAUCUUAGAUUCUGAAGUCCCAAUAUGUAAAUCAAUUUCGGAUACUUUUGUGUAUCUAGUACCUUUAGGCACAGUUUCAUCGAAACCAUUUACAUUUUUUCCACAAAAUCAUCGUGGUAUUUUUUAUUAUGAAGUAUCAAAUUUUAGACGAAAAUUAUUGGCAACUGCAGGUGCCAAAAUACGAAACAGAUUAGAUUAUUUCAAAGAAACUAUUGUCGAUAAUAUGAAGAAAAUUCUUCCACAACAACGAAAUUCCUAUACAGAACUUUUAAUUGAAAUAGAUUUAAAUGAUCGAGAUCAUCCAAUUCUUCAACUUGUUUAUAAUUAUUCCAAUCGAUUUCUUCCAAAAUGCAUUCAAGACAAUCAAGAAUGCUUAAAGGUUCUUGAAGAAAUAGGAUUUGUAAGAAAAGUUACACCGGAAAUAUUUAUCAAAUGUGCCAAAUACAUUCAAGAAUUGUUUAAGAAUCGCAAGGAUAAUAAGAUUGAAAUAGGCAAUUUUAGGUACUCAGCAAGCACUACUCUUUGCUAUUUUUAUAACAACCAAUCUACAUUAAAAUUUUCGGAAAAUGAAUGGGAAGAAUUAUCAAAAAUUAAAUUUGUUCCGAUCUCAAAGAACUUUUUAAAAUAUCCAUAUUCUUAUAGUAGUAAAAAGAACGUGGAAGAGUUGGAAUGUUUUGAAAAUUUAUGUCUUUCAAAAUACAAGAAUUUCGCAUGGACUCAACUAGCAUUUUUUGAGAAUGAGCCAAUCGAAGAAGUUACAAAAAUUUAUGAAAAUUUUGGUCAACCAACUAUUCAAAAUAUCAUUAAUCAUUUAAGAGCAAUUCAAUCCACUGUGUCUAAAUCUAAAGAUUGGGAACAAAGAGGUGAUGAAUUAUUCGAAAUCAUAAAACAAAUUUAUGAAAAAUUAGAAUCAUUAUGUGAUGAAAGAAAUGAUGAACUGAAAUCAUUCUUCCCGAAUGACCUUCCGCUUUUUUUAAAUGGUGAAAACCCACUUGAUUCGGAAAGCUGGAUUAUCGCUUCAUAUCUUGAUUUAAAUAUCAAAAAAGACUUCAAGCCGGAAAGAAGAGCUACCACUGAAUACCUUAAAAAAUAUAAUAAACUUUUAAUUUUAGCUGGCGCAAAAGCAUCAAAUUUACCGAAAAACAAGCAAUAUGGAGAUUAUGAAGAAAACAAUUCACAAUAUAUAAUUAAAUCAAUGAUUGAUUCUUUAUGUAUUGGAGAGAAUAUAACCCGGUCUAAUAACGUCUUAUUUUAUAUUAAAGAACAAAAAUUUUAUGCGGAUUCAUCAAUAUUGGGUUAUGUUGCACCAUAUUUUAAAAGAAGUGAACGAUUUAGUUUUACUUUUAAUGAUAUUGAACCAGGUUCAUGUCAUAUUUUACUACGAUGGCUAUAUGGUGAAUCAUUAUCUCAAGCCAUAAGUUAUAUUAGAAAAAAGGAGGAUGAAGAUGGCUUAAUUCAAAUUUAUAAAGAUUUAUUACAAUUGGCAAAUGAAUUUGAGCUUGAAUCACUUAAACAGCUGAUAGAACAUAAAUUAUCCGCAUAUCUUGACAUUAGUUUGAAUGAAAACACUCUUAACGAAUUGAAGACUUUGGCUCAAAAUAAUGAAUUAAUUGAUCUUUUAGAUUAUUGUAAUAUGUUAGAAAAGGAAUAUUGCUAA